GAGAGAGGCCUACACAUUGACCGUUAUAUGCCUUCAUCCGCGUCACGACAUUUGUCGCUUUCUCAUUGUAAUCUGUGAAUCAAUUGUAUAAGCGUAGCCUAGUAAAGUUGAGACAGUUUUUAAAUAAUGUUAAGGAAUAGGCUUACAUUAUCACCCCUAAGGAUUACAUUUUCGCUCUACCUCCUUGAAGCGAGGGGGGCGUCUUUCCUCAAUGGAGAAGCGCGUCUGAAACAUUCCAGGCAUAGUUUCAGGAACACCUCACAACCGAGCCAGAUCAUACGUAAGCCCACAUAGCAUUAUAAAAGAGGGGGAGACACGACUUCGGCAGUACACCCGACAGCGGAGACACUGAGCGUAUGUCAGUUUGCAAUUGAGAUAGCAGAGGAAAAGAACACAGAAGACAUGCUGCUGCUCUCUAUUACAAUUAUCUUGUAUGGAUACCUUACGAUGGUUUCCUCCACAUGCCCUUCAGUGUGCGUAUGUCCCCUGGAAACUCCACGGUGCGAACUGGGAGUCAGUUUGGUUACGGACGGAUGCGGUUGUUGUAAGGUCUGCGCUAGACAGCUGAACGAGGACUGCAGCAACACACAGCCGUGCGACCACAUCAAAGGACUACAGUGCAAUUUCGGGGCUAGCCGGGAUGCAACUAGAGGCAUAUGUCGAGCCAAGCUCGAAGGAAGACCUUGUGAAUUUAACAACAACAUGUACCAGAAUGGAGAAACCUUUCAGCCAAGCUGUAAGCAUCAGUGUACUUGCAUGGAUGGUGCAGUGGGGUGCGUCCCACUGUGUCUUCAGGAGCUCUCUGCACCGGCCCUUGGAUGUCUCAACCCCACAUUGGUCAAGGUGCCUGGACAGUGCUGCGACAAGUGGGUCUGUGCCAACACAGACAAGCAGAAAGCGAAGAAAGGCCAAACCAAACCCGGUCAACCUGAAGACAACUUCACACUGAAGAAAAAGAUGUUCCCCAAGUUCAAAGGAAAUCCUCAAGCAGCUUACAGAGACCAGCCUGUGACCCGCUUGCUGUCUUCUGGUCUGAAGUGUGUCACUCAUUCGUCCAGUUGGUCUCCAUGCUCUAAGACCUGUGGCAUCGGGGUCUCUACCAGGGUGACCAACAGCAAUCCACAGUGCAAGCUAGUGAGGGAGUCAAGGAUUUGCCAAGUGCGACCCUGCUCUUCAUUCUCGCAGUCUAGUUUAAAGAAAGGGAAGAAGUGCAGUCGCAUGGAAAAGCCAAAGCAGCCAGUGAAACUGACGUAUUCAGGCUGCAGCAGCGUGAAGAAAUACUGGCCGAAAUACUGCGGCUCGUGCCUGGACGGACGGUGCUGCCGCCCAGAGCAGACCAGAACUCUGCCAGUGCAGUUCCAGUGUGACAGCGGGGAGACCUUCACCAAGGACGUGAUGAUGAUCCAGACCUGCAAGUGUAGCUCAGACUGUCCCAUCAGAUUCGAAGGCCCCCUCCCAAUGCACAGGCUGGAGAAUGACAUCCACAGGUUUACUGAUGAUGAGUGAUGAAGAGAUCUGUGUAUGAGGCUUGUGUUGAGUACAUUAUACAUUGAACCUCCUGUUAGACAAGAUUACAUAACCAAUUGGGAGGAAAUCUUGAUAACAUGCAGAGAAGUGUGGAAUGGUAAUCUAUAUUACUUCAUAAUAUUGGAGUAUCAGUAUUAGCUUCAUAUUGAAGCAUAACUUUUAUCUGUUAUAAUUUAUUAGUAUUAUUUUAACUAUGUUUACAGACAUGUUAUGUUUUGUAUACAGACAACACACAUUGUUGUGACUGCAGGUUUUGUUCUGUUUGUUCAGGUGCUGUUGGUUUAGCACAAUUGGCAGUCAGUGCUGCUUCUGUUGAUUUAUAAAAAAAAAAAUCAUGUGUUAAAUCAAGAUCAAGCAUUAGCGGCAGCUGUCUGUGUUUAUGUGAGUGUUUUUUGUUGUUUGUUUUCAUAUCUAUUUAUUAAUUAUUUUUGUAUCACACUUGUGUUUUAUUUACACAAUGUUGACUCUGUGGUGUGAAUAAAGAUUUAU